AUGACUAGUUGUAGUCUUAAAUGCAGUAUGUUACCUUGCGUACACAUACAGAAUACGAAAAAUGAAAUAAAUAUAGAAAAUUCAAAAGAUCAAAAUGCAAUACAAUUUUAUAAAAGUGGAAUAAAUAAUAUUAACGCAGAAGGGGCAAAUAAUGUGAGUACAAAUGAUAAUAACAACCAUGUAUAUGCAAAAUCAUUUGAUGAAUUAAAUAUAAACAUUGAAAAUUGUGCUAAUGUUGACAAGAACAUGAGCACUAACAUGUGCAUAAAUAUGAACACCAAUGUGAAUUGUAAUAUGAACAUGAAUAUAAAUGUAGGUAUAAACCCUAAUAUCAACAUUAACACAAAUGUAAACGGGUAUUAUGCACAUGAGAACACAAGCGCGAAUGCAAACGAGAAUGCAUACGCGAUUACGAAAUCAAACACAAGUAGGAGUCUGAACAGGAAUAUUAGCAAGAAAACUAAUAGAAACUCCAAAUUAUCAGAUUUUAUUUAUGAAGAUUUUAAAAUGUCCUUUGAAAAGGAUCGAAAAGACAUAUUGUUAAAUACAUUUAAUUAUCAUUUUCAUAACAAUUUUGGUGAUAUAAGGGAAUCGGGAAAGAAAAGUGAAGAUGAAGUGAGCAGUUAUUAUUAUAAACGAUUAUCUCUUAAUCUUAUGAAUUGUAAUUAUGAAACCGAGUAUAAACACUACGAUGAUAAUAAUGUAACUGAUGAAAUACCAAAUGUUAUUAAUUCAAAAAAGUGUAAUUUCAAUAAUCCAUUUUUUAGGAAUGAUUCAUGUGAUAAUAUAUUUUUGAAAAAAAUAAAAAUUACAACUAUAAAUAAUAGGCGUACUAAAAAAAGUAUUAAAAAAUAUAAAAUUCCUUUUGAGCCAAAUUUUUAUAGUAGUCGAUUUUUUUUCUCAGAUAAAAAUAUAAAUGACGAUGAUACGCAUGUGAGUGAUAAUUGCUCUAAGUAUUCCAAUCCACUGUCAGUUAAUUAUAAUAACAUUAGUAGUAACGUCAGUAAUAACUUUAGAAAUAAUGAUGCUAUAAAUAAUGCUAGUGAUAGUAAUACUAAUAGUACUCCUACUAAUAAUAAUAAUAGUAAUAAUAAUAGUAAUAAUAAUAGUAAUAAUAAUAUUAAUAAUAAUAAUAAUAGUAAUAAUAAUAGUAAUAAUAAUAUUAAUAAUAUUAUUAAUAAUAAUAAUAAUAAUAAUAAUAGUAAUAAUAAUAAUAAUAAUAGUAAUAAUAAUAAUAAUAGUAAUAAUAAUAAUAGUAAUAAUAAUAAUAGUAAUAAUAGUAAUAGUAAUAAUAAUAAUAGUAAUAAUAAUAAUAGUAAUAAUAAUAAUAGUAAGGUAUAUAAAGACCUCACGCAAUAUUCAUACAUUUUACGGUUUGAGGGUCCUCCCCCGCAUUUUUUAGUAUUAAUGUACAACAAAAUAACCAAAAAAACAAAUGUAGUAAAAAAGGUGCCUGUGAAUAAGAACAUUUCGUUCAAUCUAGCAAAAUUUAUUGCAGAAAAAUAUGUACAAAUUUUAGGGAAAUAUUUAAAAAAGAGAGAAAGGAAAAUGGAAAAGUUAAGAGAUGAUAGCAACGACAUUGGCUUAUACAAUGAGAUUAAUAAUAUCAGUAACAACGAUAGUAACAACAACGAUAGUAACAACAAUGAGGGUAACAACAACGAUAGUAACAACAACGAUAGUAACAACAAUGAGGGUAACAACAACGAUAGUAACAAUGAUGAUAACCAUGAUAAUAUCGAUAAUAAAAAAAAUACCGAAUAUAACGGAAGCAUCCACCGCGGUAGUAACAGAGAAAAUUAUUGUACACUGAGUACCAAGAAUUUUGAUGAAGAUGAUAAUAAUAAUAACCAUAAUAAUGGCAGUGGACGUAGUAGUAGUUAUAAUAAUAAUGACAAUGAUAAUAGCGAUAACAGCCUUUUUAGCAACAAAAAUUGUAAUAAAAAUGGAAAGUUUGCAUAUAACGAUGUCAUUAUUGAUAAAAAUAGUGGAAACAACAAUGACAACAUUAACAAUAACAGUAACAGCAGUAACAACAGUAACCAUGACAGAAGCGUUGGAAGCAACAACGAAAGUAACAAUAAUAGCUUAGCAUGCUCUGUUAAUAAAAAUGGGGAAUUGUUUAAUAAUAAUGAAAAGUGUAAUAAGUCAGAUUAUGUUGACCACCUUUUAAAUGUGGUCAUGAGGAAUUUGAGUUAUGAAAAUUGUAACUCAGAAACUACGUGUGAAGAAAAUAUGUAUACAUAUGAAUAUUUAAAUAUAGAUUUAGAUAAUGUUGUUUUUAACACGAAUGCUGAAAAAUAUAUAAAAUUUUUAAGUAACAUAAAAAUAUAUUUUAUGCAUAAGUUAGAUGAUAUAAAUUAUAUUCCUGAUAAUUUUAAAGACUCUGUAGAAAAUAAAUUAAUUAUUUUAAUAAAAAUAAAAUAUGGUGCGUGUGUGAAAUCAAAAAUUUUUAUUUUCGAAAACGUAGAAAAUAUGCAAAGUGAGCAUGAUGGCAUAGGUGAUUCGUUUGUUAGGGGGCACAGUGAAAACACUGGUGGUCAUGUUCAGGUUAAUUAUAAUAAUAGUAAUAGUAACAGUAACAAUAACGGCAAUAGUAACGUGAAGGAUGAUAUAAAAGGAGAAAAAUAUAAUACUUCUACAGAUACUCCUAACAAUGAAUCGUUAAACAGUGACAUGUCUAUGAAUCUACCCUUAAAUACUGUGAACUAUAAAAGUAAUGAAAAAAGUAAUAAUUUCGAAGAUAACAUUUCGAAUGACACUCCAAGAAGCAAUAAAAACGAAACGCAAAAUACAUACACAUCAAAAGAUGUUGUUAAUAAUUAUAAGGAAAACAACAGUUGUACCAAUAAUUACAAUAACUUUCUUGACAUGCCGAAACUUGAAAAUAACGAUUAUAAUGUUAGUUUUUAUAAUGCAGCGCUUAAGCAAGGAAUGAAAGGAGAAAAUGUAUAUGUAGAAGCAACAGGUGAGUAUAAUUUUUACAAAAGUGAAGAGGGUGCGAAUAAUAGUAGUAAUAAUAUCAGUAACGAUAAUAGUAACAACAGUAGUAACAAUAGUAGUAGAAACAACACUAGCAAUAGCAAUAGCAGUAGCAACAGCAGCAGCAACAGAGGUUGCAAUAGAAGUAGUAACAGAACUAGCAAUAGAAGUAGCAAUAGAAGCAGCUGUAGUAGUAGAAAUAACACAAACAAUGAUACUUCCUUAAUUGGAAAGGAAGGCUAUAGUUCUGUAUGGAAAGCGGAAGAUAAUGAGAAACAGUGCAAUCUGCAUAAUGCAAAUGCAGAUGAUGGUGACAAUGAUACAAAUGCACAAAGGAAAAAAAAGAUGUCUUUAGAUUAUAAAAGAAAAAUAAUAAAUUUUAUACGUAAUAGCGUUUAUAUAAAUUCAUAUAUAUAUGAUUGUUUUGAAAAUACAUAUAUGAAUAAGAAAUUUUUUAAAAAUGAUGUAAUUAUAGUGAAUGAAGCUUCUCCAGAAGACGAGAUGUUAGAUGAUAUUCCUGAUUAUAUAUAUGAGUUAAAUAAAUUUGUAUUUAUAAAAUUUACAAAAUUUGAGAAUUAUAUAAAGAAAAAUCACAAGAUAGCAGAAAGAUUUAUACAGUAUUUACUACAAAGUAAUAUAAAAUGUAUAAACAAUUAUAUGAUAGGUAUUAGAUGGGUACCUGAUCUUUUUGCAUACGAAUAUUAUGUGUGCAAAAUUACAGAAGGGAAACCAAAAUUAAAGGAAAGUAAAAAUAAUUUAAAAUAUAAUUAUUCAUUAGCCUUAGAAAGAAAUUCCAAGGAAAGUUGUUUAAAAUAUUUGGUUGAUUAUGAAAAUAAAAUAAUUGAUAAUGUGUUAUGUGUUUUACAUGAAUACUAUCAAGCUAGUUUAUUUACAGAGAAAUGUAUUUACAAUUUAUUUAAAUUAGUAUUAUUGCGUGUUAGUUUAUAUAUUGGUGUUCAGAACACGAAAGUUAUUACUCUAGAUCUUGAUAAAGCAAUGUAUCGAAUGAAAAAAUUUUCAGAACCCAUAAGCUUAUGUGAAGAUAAUAACUAUACAUCAUUAAAUGAGAAUAAUAAUGAAUAUACGUCUAGAGGUGAAAAUAAUAUGCAUGAGAAUAAUAAUGUUGUUAAUUGUGUUGACAACAAUAUGAUUGAGGAGAAAAAUGUGAACUUGUGGAACCCCAUAAAUAUGACCGUUGCUACGGAUGAGUAUUACGCCAAUGGUGGUGUUGGAGGAGGUUACACCAACGUGUACAACAACGUGCAUGGUGGAAUUUAUAGUAUUUAUAACAACCUGAACAAUAAUCUACAGAACAAAUUGCACAAUUUGCAUAACAUGCGCAAUAUGCAGAAUAAUGGGAUGGAAGAUAGUGGAGAUUAUGGAAAAAACAAAAACGGAAAUGUGCGCAUAAACUAUGUUGACAUUAACGACAAUGAAGGAAAUAAAAGCAGCGAUAAUAAUCAGGAGGAUAAUAAUAAAACAAAGCAUGCUUCCGACAGUGAUGUUAAUAAUACAGUUCAGACGCAUGCUAAUAAAUACAACAAUUUGUUCAUAAAACACGAAAAAUAUGAAAGUGAAGAAAGGUAUUUACAAAAUAAGUUAAGGAAUAAGAAAAAGGUAAGUUACAAUUUGGAUAAUACAUCCUUAUCAUUAAGAAAUAAGCAAAAGAAAAAUAAAAAUUUUGGUAAUUCAAAAGGAGUAACAAUGGUAGCAGCGGAUGGAGAAGGCGAUGAUGUACCUAUUUGCUUAAAGUAUUAUAGUUCAUCUGCGGAUAAUAAGAUAGUAGGUAUUAAUAUAAAUAAUCAAAAAAAAGAAUAUUAUUCAAAUGCUAGCGAUUUUAGUGCCGCUUCUCAUUUUACUACAAAACAUAAGUAUCACUUGCGUAGUAGUAACGCACAAUCAGCGGAAAACUAUUCUUCUGAAGAGUGUGUAUCAAGAAUUAAUUUAAGAAGUAGAGAUAAAGGGAGAAAACGAAUGUUAUAUAAGUUGAUGAACAAAAAUGGGCUUAUAGAACCGUAUUGGUGGUUCUUUUACAACUUAUAUGAAAAUGCAACAAUACAAGAUGGUUAUUGUGGUGGUGGAGGUAGUAGCAGUAGCACUAGAAGUAAAGGAGGGUAUUCUUUGAAAAUGAAUGGAACAGGAAGAAAUAAUGGAUCGGCAUCCAAUAAAAAGGGUGGAAAUAAGGUGGCGAAGUUAUUUAAUAAUAACAACAAUAACGGUAACAUUAAUAUCAAUAUGAACAAUAAUAUUAUUAACAGUAAUGAUUACAAUAACAGCAGUAAUAUUAAUAACAGUAUUAACAAUAAUAGCAAUGGUAAUAAUAACGGUAAUCACUGUGGCGGAGGCAGUAGUAACGGUAAAUCAUAUAAGGUUAAUGAGGAGAAGGGCAAUAAUUCUUGUCUAUAUAACAAAUUAUUAGAAAAAAAAUAUAAAAAUAAUUUAAUGAAUCAUUUUAGUCAAAAAAAGAAUAAGAUAAAAAUUAAGUAUAUUUCAAUGGUACAUGAUAUUAUAUAUAAGAAAUUUAUUCUUUUAAAUAAUACUAUUUUUCCAAGAAAUAUGCACGAGUCAGAAAUUUUGUACACGUUGUUUCCUCAUGAACCACAUACCUUUAUGUUUUUACACACCGAUGAUAAUUUUCAAUAUCAAAAUGAGACCUUUUUGAAACAUGUGACAUUUAGUGAGUACAUAAUGCCGCGUUUUCACUUAGCGGAUAAUAGAAGGCAGAACUACCAUUUGAGGUAUUAUUCAAGGGCAAACGAUAAUAGUAACAUUACUAGUAAUAAUAAUAACUGUUAUAAUAACUAUGAUUACUACCAAGAGGGCGUUUUUCCAAUUGAUGACUACUACGAGUUGGAGAGUCAUAUUAACUCAAUAGAUAAAGAUUUUUACGUGGAUCACUUGAUUUUUGGCGGUGCUGGUAUUAGCGAUAUUGGCAAUAUUGGUGCUGACGUCCUGCUGGACAGAAAGAAUAUGCUGCAAGAAAGUAGCAACCUAAAGUACUCUAGUAUUCCUAAUUAUGAAAAAGUUAAAAAGGGUUUUAGAAGAAGAAAGGGUGGUGGUGGUGCUUAUUAUGUAGGCGAAAUAGGAAGAUAUGAAAACGGGUACAGUAGUGAAAAAUAUAAUAUUUUAAGUUUAAAUAAUAGAGAUGAAGGAGGUAUGAUUAGGAAUAUCACAACGUUUGGAUACAACCAAUAUAGUUAUUUUGAUAAUAAUUAUGAAGUAGGUGUAAGAAAUCAUAAUGAUUAUUACUUCAACCUGAAUGUUGAUGGAGGUGGUAGUGGUCUUGUGUUAGGAGGAAACAAGUUCUCAGAUACAUCUGGUACAUCGACUUAUCAAGUAUUUGGUUUUGAAAAGGGAAGAAGGGGUUGUGGAGUAGGAGGAGAUGAAAUAAAACAUGGUAAUAUCAAUAUUAUUAAUAGUAGUACAACUACUACAACUAAUAAUAAUAAUAAUAGUGAGUUUUUUGAUUACAUUUUAAAUGCAAAGGAUAAGUUUCAUAAUAUUGGAGAGAAAAGAAGUGUGUCGAAUACCAAUUUUGGAAGGGGAAGUAAAUAUUACGAAAAUUAUGGAGAUGAGGAGGAGAAAAAAAAUACUAGUGAUAAUGAUAUUACUUUGAUUAAGAAGAGAAAAAAUGGAAACAAAAGAGCAAAGAGUAAUAAUCUGUCGAAUGUAAAAAAUUACAAUAAUUUAUAUGGAAGCAACAGUAACAACAAUACGAAUAACAAUAAUAGUGGUAAUAACAACAAUGGUAGUAGUGGUGGAGGUGGUAAAGGAGAUGGAAAUAACAAUGACGAUUCGUUAAUACCUAUGGGACCAUUACCAACUGGUGUGUACUUCGAUUCUGCUAGGAAAUUAUGGAGAUGUCAAUGGAAAGAAAACGGAAAGUUUAAAACGAAAGGAUUUAGUUUAAUACAUUAUAACACGUUAGAAGAAGCUAGAAAACAGUGUAUUCUUUACAGAUGUGAUGUUGGAAAUAUACCAGUCAAAAGUGAAUGGUUAAAUCCAGUAUAUGUUAAUUCGUCAUACUUUUAUAAUAAGAAAUAUGCUAGUAGUGCGAACAAUAAUAGUAGUAGUAACACAAAUUAUAAUACGAGUACACCACAUAAGGAGUUAAAAACGAGUUCUUUAAAUUUAAGUAGAUUAAAGGAAAAAACAAACAGUACAAGUGCGACAAAGGGUUUUAUAGAUGAGUCAAGCAAAGAUUCAAGUGAUCAAAACUGCGACCGUAGCGGUAAAAACAAUAGUAAUAAUAAUGUUGGGGGUGGUAGCAUUAAUAAUAACAACAGUAAUGGCAGUGGUGGUGGUAACUCUCAGGGGAACAGAUACUCGACAAGAAACAACACGGCUUCAAACAUAGUGAAGCAUGAAAAUAAAAGCAACGAAAUAGAUAUUUCUAUAUUGCAAGAGUUUGUUACGAAAAAUAAGGAGAGUCAGAAUAUUGUAGAAAGCGAAAUCAAUAAUAUGAAUAGUAACAGCAAUCCAUUUUUGUUUGAUAGUCAAAAAAUGAACAGUGAUAUCAUGAAGGACAUUUUCGAUAGGGAAGGAGCAACAUUACUAUUAAGUGAAGAGAAUGACGAAUCGCAUGAACUGAAGAGAAUCAAGCAAACUACAGAAAAUCGUAACAUCGGUACUGUUGAUAAUAAUGAUAAUAAUAAUGAUGGUUGUAGUGGAGAUGGAAAUGAUGGAAUGUAUGAGAAGGGAAACAUUGGAGGAGGAGAGACAGGGGACUACUACUUAGAUGGUGAUAUGGUAAUAUGUAAUUUGAAAAAUAAUGAGGAUAAGGUGGACAAACCAGAAAAUGUAGUUAAAUUGGAAAGUAUUAGAAGUAAUUUUAACAUUGAAUAUGAGAAGAGUCUAAAUAAUAAUAAUAAUAAUAGCAGGGAUGAAACAGGAGGUGGAGUUGCAGAAGUAGGUGGAGGAGUAGGAUUAGGUGGUACAGUUAUUAGGAGCUGCAUGUACAGUUACGAGAAAGUGAGUAGUAAUGACAAUACAUGUGCAAACAACCAUGUUAAUGUACAGGGGGUAGAAAUAGAUCGACAAAAGCUCAACCAUAACAACAGCUGCACUCAUCAGGACCAGCACCAAUACCAGCUGCAACAGCAGCGCGUCAUGACACAUAUGUUGAAUUACCCAGACGUGAAGCAAGAGCUAUUAUCAGAGGCACACAUGAAUGGUGUAAAGGUAGAAGCAGAUAUAAACAAAGGUGUAGCAUUCGAAGGAGAUGCUAUUGCAUUGGGCAAUGAAAAUGGUAAGAACUUUAUUGAGGGAUCCUAUAACCUGGUUCAAAAUAGGGAGUCAAAUGAAACAUUUCCCUAUAUCGAUAAUUUUAGUAAUUUGGCGCAUUACAAUAAUAAUAAUAAUAAUAAUAAUAGGGAAAAUAAUAGUAUAAGGUUUGAUAGGAUUAAUGACCUUGAUCUAUUUACUAGAAAUGAAAUGAAAGGCGAAGUGAAAAGCGAAAUGAAGGGAGAAAAACAUAGAAACAGUAUGCAGUUAGUAGAGGAUGGUAACGUAACGGACAUGGAUGGAAGGAAAGAAAGAAGAGGAAGUAUGUAUUCAGAAGAUGUAGAGGAUUGUAAUAGUAACGAUAGAUUAUUAAAUGGCAACGUGAAUAAAAUUUCCUCACCAUCCGUUUAUAUGCAUUAUGCAAAUGGGAGCAGCAGAGAUAAUGAUUUUCAAGCAAAUUGUAAUAAUAAUAAUAAUAGUAGUAGUAGUAGUAAUAAUAAUAGCAGUAAUAGUAAUAGUAAUAGUAAUGAUAAUAAUUAUAAUAAUAGCAGUAACAUAGGUGGUGAGGGGGUAGAUCAUCAUGUGCACGAUGAUUAUAUUGUGAAUAAUGACCAGGAAAACACAACUUCAUGUAAUAGAACCAAUGAUAAUAGCAUUUAUAGCAAAACACAUAGUAGUAAGGAUGAAGAUGCAUUAACUAAUAAUUUCCCCGAGAUAUUUUACCAAGAUAUUCAGAAUUUUUUAAACUUUGCAAAAGAGAAGGUAUAUGUUGUAGGUGAUGAAAACAGCGGAAUUAACAAUAAUAAUCAUAAUAGAUACAAAGAAGAGGAGAAUGAUGACCUACUAGUGUCUUCUUAUAUAAAUGGAAGAACUAGAAAAAACGGCAUUCUAAGUGAUAAGUAUGAAAGUUAUUUGAAGUCCAUUAUGGUGCAGUAUGAAAAGGAGGAAAAGCAAAAGCAGCAACAAGAACAGCAACAGCAACAGCAGGCGUUAAGAAGUGUUGACAUUAAAGGAGUGGGUAAUAGCGCCUUUCCAAUGGACGAUGAUCUCAUGAAUGAUGAUGCUGAUCAUGUGAAUAGUAGUAGCAACGGAAAGAAUAAUUUCAUGAUGGACAAAGAUGAAAAUUUCGAGCCAGGAGAGAACAACAAUAGUAGUAAUAGUAACAACAGUAAUAACAGUAACAAUAGCAGUAAUAGUAACAAUAGUAAUAAUAGUAGCACCGGUAAUGAUAAUAAACUACAGGAGGGAGACAGCAAUAAUUCGUCGUCCAGAUUUUUUCAGAAUUAUCUGAGCAUAUUCAGUAGGAAACAAAACUCUGUUAUGAACGAAGAGGAGGACAAUAACAAUGAUAACAAUAAUAAUGACAACAAUGAUAACAACAAUAGUAAUAGUAGUAACAACAGCAAUAGUAAUAAUAAGGAGGGGGAUGCUUCGAACUGUGUGAAAUACCCCCACAGUACAGAAAAGGAAACGAAUGACUACAACACCCGUAAGAAGAAGAAAGGGGACAUGAUAUAUGGCAAUAUGCAUAAUAAUGACUAUUUUUAUUAUGAUGAUAACUUUAACGAUAAUUUUAACGAUUCGUAUAUGGAAAAUUUCAAGGAGCAUUACGAUGAUAACUACAACAACAACUAUAAUGAGAACUAUAAUGAUAAUUACAACGACAUGUACAAUGAUAAUUAUAAUGACAAUUACAAUGAUAACGAGUUUGGUAAUAAUAGUAAUGGGGACAAUUUAGAAAAGAAAUUGUUGGAUGAAUUUGGAUACUUAGGUCCAUCAGGGCAUUCAAACAAAAAGGCUAAAACAAAAGGUACAAAUAAUGCAAGCGGUGCAAUUAAUGUUAGUGGUGCAAAUAUCACGAAUGGUAAUGUAUCAGGAAAUGAAUCAAAAAAUGUAGAUAAUAAUAAAAAUGGUGGUAAGAAAAAAAACAAUAAUGCAGGUGCAGCAGCAAGUGAUAUAGACAUCAAUUUAAUUAAGCAGUCGUUACCAAAAGGAAUUUAUUAUGAUCAUGCAAAAAAAUUAUACAGAGUGCAAUAUAUAAUAAAUAAUUCUAUUAAAACUAAAGGUUUUAGUGUAAAGAAAUUAGGUUUAGCACAAGCAAAAAUUGAAGCCGAGUCUUUUAGAAAUUUCUGUUUAGAAAACGGCUUGCUCAAUUCACGUAAGAGAAGAAUAAACUCACCUUAUAACAAAAAGGAUGAGAAGAAUUUUAAAAUGAUAAAGGAUAACGAAGAAAUUUUGUCUAACUUGUUGUACCUUUACAAUUCGAACAACAACAAGCAACAGAUGUCCUGA